AUGAAUCCAACAAGACAGGAGGGUAAAGAACUACAACUGAAUGCUUAUGAUAGGACAAGAACAACUCAAAUAAAAAAGAAUAAGCGUCUACGAAUUGAAGCCAGCAUGAAGCAUAUUGUGCCAAAUAUUUCUUGUGACAUUUGUCAUGAUGUUGUGACCAAUUCCGUGAUGACUAAGAAAUGUGGUCAUCGCUUUUGCGAUCAAUGCAUUUUGCUAUGUCUGAUGCGAGCUGGAAGUACUUGUCCUGCAUGCCGCUCUAAUCUCAAUUCGAAACGUGAACUGAAACAAGAUCCUCGGUUUGAUACUAUAAUCUCAAAGCUUCUGCGACAUCGCUCCCAACUUUAUCUUUUCCUUCGAAAAAAGCGCUUAUGCGUGAGGCCGAGACAACGCGUUUAUGACUGCUAUCUGGAUAUGAUCAAAGAUCAUGCGGAUUAUGUAGAUUGUAGCAGCCAAAUGCCAGAUCCGUCUAACUUGGUUGAAGAAGAUUACGAUAGUGAUGAUGAAGAAAGUGAUUCUUCCGAUUUGUCUGAAAGUGUAAAUGAAGAAGAUGAUGAGGACGAAAUGGAAGACGACGAAGAAAACGAAGAAGAAGAUGAAGAAGAGGAUGAAGAAAAUGAGGAUGAAGAAGAUGAAGAGGAUGAAGCUAAUAAUGAAGUCUCAUCCAACAAAAGAAAUGAGAAAAGUCCUUCUGUUGAAGAGGAAGAUGAAACUGAGGACGAAGAAGACGAAGAUGAUGAUGAAGGAAAAGAGAAAGCUAAAAUACACAAACAAAAAAAUUCUCCAAUAAAACCUCGAGUGACAAGAUCUAUUGCCCGGAAAGAAGGACGUAGGGUUAAUGUCGAAGUUAUUGAGGACGAAGACGAAGACGGUGACGAAGCUGAUGAAGAAAUGGAGAAAGAGCGAGAAGUUGAAUCGGUUGAUGCCAAAAGAAAUACGAAACUGGAUGAGGUUAAGCCCAGGCCGAUUCGCGAAAAGUCUAAAUCUAUCGAUAGCGGAAAUGAGAAGGAUGAGGCUUCUGAAAUUGAUGAAAUGGAAUGUGAAGAUGAAGAACAAGAUGAGGUUGAAAAUGAAGAACAGGAAAGCGAAGAGGACGAGGACGAGGAAGACGAAGAAGAAGAAAAUGAGGAUGAAGACGAUGAAGACGAUGAGGAGUAUACGGGCACAGAAGAAGAAAAGAGAGCUUACUAUUUGCAACGGUUGGAACGCCAACAAUUCGAUCUGGAGCGUUUCAUCCUGCCAGGCUUUAGAUCUGGAGCGAUAACCGAUGACCGCUUCAAAAACUUUAUGGAAGAAUAUCUUGAAUAUAUUGAUAUUUUGAAGUAUGGUGAAGGAAAAAUUAUCAGUGACGCCGAAGACAGUGAGAAUGAGGAGGUUGGCAAGGAGACUGACAGUGAAGAUGAGAAAGAAGGCGAUAAUGAAAAUGAUGCUCGAAAGAAGAAGGGUGAAAAUGUGGAUCAGAAUAAGGGGAUGGACCCCAAAAAUCCGCAGGAAGGCGAAGAAAAAUCUGGUGGCAGUAAUAAGGAAUUAUUGGCUGAUGACAUAUCGGAUGAAGAAGUUGAUGACGAAGAAGAUGCCGACAAUAAUGAAGAUAUUGAUUUCCAUAGAUAUUUGAAUUAUCAAGCAGUUCCUCGAUUUGAUUUGUGUGAACUCUUCUCACUUCAAAAAAUUGGCAGACACAACGAAUUCGAUUAUGAUCCGGAAGUUAUGGCAGAGUUUGAGCAAUACCCGCGUCACGUUGAAAACGAUUCCGAAAACGAUAGCGAUGAGGAAAAAAUAGACGACAAAGAAGAAAGUAAUUGUGUGGUCCCAAUCGAUGUCGAUGAGGAAGACAAGAACGGACAAGAACAAGAAAUAGCCGGAGAUGUGAAAGACCAGAGUGAGGAAAACAAUGAAGAGGAUGAUGCUGAUGCUAAAGACCAAAAAAAUGAUCGAUUCGAAGAAUACCAUUAUGAAACCGAAGAGGAACUUGAUUUGGAAGACAUCGUUUCCACAGAAGAAGACGGUGAAGAGUCAAAUUCUGAAAUGAAAGAUGUGCCAACAUCAAAUUCUCAAGAUCCGAAAGCAAGCAAUGAACGCGAAUUAUUGAAGGCAGUUUCCGGAUCGGAAAGAAUAUUGGAAGAAAACAAGGAAAGAUCUAAUGAAGAGUCAAGCAAUAUUGAAAACUUGCCGGAUGAGGAAGAAACGGAAAACGUAUCUUCAGAAGAUGAUAACGACAUGAAUGGUUGUAAUUCUGACUCUGAAAACCGCGAGGAGAAUAUUGAAUCUGAAAUCGAUACCAUUGUUAUUCCAACACUCAAGGAAUCCGCUGUCGAAAGAAUAAAGAAUAAUAUGGAAAUUCGUCGGCAAAGCUUCUAUGAGGAAGAAGAGGAUUAUGAAGAUGAGGAGUAUGAGGAUGAAGAAUAUCUGGAUGAAGAAGAAGCUGAGGAGGAGGAGGAAGAGCAAGAAAAAGUUAAAGAUCAAGAAGAUGAGCUCGAUGAGACUGAAAAGAACAAUGUUGUUGAUAACGUAGAAGUCGAAGAAGCUGAGGAGAAAGAUGAAGAAGAAGCAUCUGAUGGCGCUUUCGAAGGUGAAAAUGACGAAGAAAACGAUGAAGAAAGCGCUGUUGAAGACGAGGAUGAUGAUGAUUCUGUUGGCUACUUAGAUGAAAUUUUGCAAAAGCGGACGUUUUUUCGUAGUAAAAGACAAAAUUACAGAGGAGAAUAUUUGGUGGAAAAUUUCUUCGAGGCGGAAAAACGGAAUAAUCAAUAUCGUGAAGAGGAAAAUAUUGCCGACAUAUUGGAUAGUGUCUCAUUUUCUCGGGUCGAAGUCCUCAAUGGUCUUAAUGGCGAUGACGUAUGGGAUGUCAAACUGACGGUAGCGCAUUUGAUGUAUAAGAUCGAAGGCAUUGAGAAGCUUGAACGAAUUCGACGAGGCUUAGGAAUUCCCGAUUUCUACAAUGAAAAUUUUGACGGAACGGACAAAAUCGUUGACGGAAAUGACAUGUCAUCAGACUUCUCCGAACUCGUUUCCGAUGAGGCUGAAUUCGUAGUCCUUGAAUAUCUCUGGGAGCAAGAAGAGAAGAAAAGAAGACGCAAGGAGAAAUUGCAAGCUCUCAACAAUGCGAUCGUUCUUAGUUCUCAACCUAAUGUCGUUACCGUCAAGCAAGAAGUUAUUGAUCCAUCUUACUAUGAAAUUAUGGGCAUGGUCAAUAUCAAAAUGGAUUCAAAUCUGAAUUCCGUUAAAACGAAUGUUCACUUGGAUGAAAAUGAAUGUCUCGUUUCCAACGAAUUGAUUCAAAUGAGACGACAAGAACAAUCUCCAACCGUUCAUGAUUCUUCGAAAAAAACUGUUUUUGAAGAAAUGAACACUGAAAGUGAAAAUGUUGACAAGAAAUCGAGUCAUGAUGAGAAAGCUAAUAAUGAAGAUGAAUCUGAUCUUGAUUCGGAGGAAGACGAUGUAACCGUGGAAGAUUCUGACGAGGAAGGUUUGGAGGAAGACGACGAUGAAGAGGGAGAAGACAGCGAGGAAGACGACAGUGAUGCUGAAGGUGCAAAGGCUGAGACGGGUUCCAAAAGAAAACAAAAGACCGAUAAAUCAGACGUGGACGAUGAGGAAGAGAAAGAGAUUGAAGAAGGUGCCAAUGAAAGCUCAUCGCUGUCGGAAAUAUCAGAAAGUAUUCAUUCUGGAGAAGCUGUUGAGUCUAAUGAAUCUUUUUCGAGUAGUGAAAAACUGGAAGCAAAUUUGGAGGAUUUUAAUGAAGAUGAAGAAGAAAAGAAAUUGGCAAAGCUUCUCCUCCAUCGGGAUAUAUGUGCGUACUUCAAAGCGAUCAUUGAAAAUGGCACAUCUCGUAAUGAAAUUUUAUAUUUAUUGAAUCGAGAUUACAAUACUCUCGCUUUGAAAGAAAUUGCUCAACGUGGAGAAAAUCCAGUCAUUCAAUCGGAUAUUCUUGAGCAUUCACCUAAGCCAGCAAGGCGCGACGAAGGUGAUGGACGUCUAUCCCCCGAAACCAUUAUGGGGAAUGAAGAAGAGGCAGAAAUUGAUGUGUUUUUGAAAGAUGCGAAUAUUUUUUGUCCCGAAAAAAAAUUAAGAGAAUGGACCACGAUAAUGAAAGAAAAUUGGAAAGAUGUGGCUGAAAAAGAGCGGAAAAUGCAGAAAAAGGAUCAGGAAAAGUUUGAGAAGGAAAAAGCCGAAGAGGAAAAGAAGCACAUGAUGGACCAGAUUUCGAAGUUGAUGAUUCCGGGAAUGGUCUUACCAGGAACUGAACUCGGGUCGAUCAAAGUCGCGAAUUCAUCUAACGACAGAGAACCUUCAAUUUCGCCUGUAACACUAGAUAUUGUUAAAAGCAUUAUUGAUGCUGCUACAUAUCAAGUGGCGAAGCAGAUUGAUGAAUGCUCUUCAACAGAAAUAAACACAGGACAUCCCAGCAAUAAUCUGCGAAACGCUCAAACGGAUAAUGCUGCGGAAAUUGUUCCAAAUUUUGUGGGAACAUCAGAGGCCGAUGGUAGCAAAUCUGAUGUUGAGAAAGAAGUGGUGCGAAACAUGGACAACUCGACAAGACCAUUUCCCAUACUCGUAAAACCGACACCUCUGCAUCCAAAUUCAGUAGCUAUAGGAGAAGCAAAGGAUCCUUCAAAACAAAUUCUUACCGUUUCGUCAAAUUCAAAGGACGCUGAUAAAGAAAGCGACCAAUUGAUUAACGACAAAGAGAAUGUUGGAAUAGCACGAGAAAAGAAAAUCAAUGAAAAAGAUGAAGAUCAAAUUGAGAAUAAUGACGAAGAAGACGAUGACGAGGAAUCCGAUGAAGAUUUUUAUUAUAGUGAUCGAGACAGCGAAGAUGAAUAUUUUUCCCCGAUAACAUAUUCCAGCGACAGCUGCGAUGAUGACGAUGAAGAACUGAAGCUUGAUACAGAAGAAUUGCCUUCUCUUCCAAAAAUUCCGGAUAGUUUAAUGCAGCGGUAUAAAUGCAUGAAACUUGAAAAAGAAAAGAAAAAAUAUCGUGAUAAACAAUGGGGUGAGAAAUUAUCAACUCUGCGGCAUCGUAGACAAGUCAAGAAACGGCCGGUAUUCGUUGAGCCUCACCUGCCCGCUAAGAUCAUGGCAGGAACGCCAUCAAAUGCGGGACGACCAAAAAAGAUACUCAAGAAUCAGAAUGUGCAAAUGGCAAUAGUACAACCUCCAUUACCAUUGCAUCAACUGCAAUUUCAAAUGAAUCCUCCAACGAAGAUCACCGCCGUGCCAAACUUUGCCGUCUACAAUCAUCAUUCAAAUCCUCAUCAUAAUCCGUACCCCAGCCCUCAUCUUGCCAAUCCGAGCCAACCUUCUGCUCAAAUUCUUCAACAAUAUCAGAUGAAACCACAACAGCUACUUCUUCGUCAGUAUCCUCCGGAACAACAUGAUCAGAUUCUUCUGCAAUUACAAGCACAGGCUCAUGCUGCGGCAGCUUCUGCUAUCGUUGCUUCUUCGAAUCCUCUCCAACCACAGAUGCAAAAUCCGAUAGCAAGAUCUCCAUCUGUGUAUCCAGGAAUGCCCCGCCCUACUGGAUUGGAGAUGCAUCCAUCUAUACCAUUCAACAAUGUUAUUGGACAGUCACCUCCACAGCAUUUGUCUCACCCUCAUAUGUUCCAUCCAAAUCAAAACCCGAACUUCGUGCAACAGCAAAUGUUCCAUCAUCCAUUCGCUGGCGGGUUCCAACAAAUUCCACAACCAUAUUUGACGGGAAUGCCUCCAUAUGGAUAUGGUCAAACACCUCCGCAUUUGAUGCCUGGCGCAGUUCCGUGGCAACAGCAAAUAAACAACUCAUUCAAGAUGCCGCAGAUGCCAAUGAUGAAUCCGCCAAUGACACCCGGAAUGCCGUCGCCCCUUCCAACUAUUGUUCCUCAGCCAACAAUUCAUCCUCCAUCAAUUGCAACCCCAGCCUUCCAAGCAACCGUCUCAAACUCAACACCUCAAGGUCAUGUGAUUGCCGCAACUCCAAAACCACUUCCGCAGGCAACACCACAAAAAGUGCCACCGCCACAACCGAUGUUCACGAUUCCGCCGCAUUCAAUUACCCAAAACCCUAAAAUCAAUUCAGAGAAAAAAAUAUUGCUUGAAUUUCCGCUGGAACGGUCUCAAAGUGUCGCUGGUCGACAAAUGGAAACAAACAAAUUGAAUGAAAAUCAGGCGGAGGUUGAACUCGAAUUGUGGCCAACCAAUGGAUUCCGAAUGAAACGAAGAGCUGCCGGUGUGCCCGCUGAAGCAGUGUUUUGUGGCGUUGGAGGAAAUGCAACAUUCUUCCAUGUUUCGCGACUACUUCUUUCGAGAUUUUCUGGGCAAAUGGCUCAAGAUAUUGGGGCAUUUUGGGUCUUUAGAAAAGAAGACCGCCAAUUGAAGAAAUUCGCCCUUGCAAAUACCCUCAACGAUGCGCAAGCCUUCGUUGGAACACAACAUUUGAUCAUAUUUUAUGAUGAAAUCUGCAAACAUACCGAGACGGGAUUCGACUAUAUUGUCAACCCAGAAUAUGUGGAAUGUGAAAAGUCUACCAAUUCAUUAUAA